AUGAUAAGUAUAUAUAUAGCUGUAGCUUCAUUCAUAAUGAGUGUAUUUUACUUUGUGGUUCUCUUACCAUUGGUUCCAUUGCUAAAGAUAAAACUAUAACUUGGAUAAAAGGCAGUAUUGAUGUAUUAUCCUUUUGCUGGAUUGAGUAAGAUUUGGAACGAUUCAAUUACAAAAGAGAAAGACUUACUAAAGACAAUAAAUUAACAAUUGAUAAAGAAUCCAAAUGUUGUUGUAAUUUUAUCAAAUUUCUUACACAAACCUUUAUUGAUUUGGACAGGAUCAGAGUAUAUAAAGGAUAUGUAUUUGGAUCACACAAGUUAUGUUAAAAUUGACCCUUUCAUGGUUGAAUCUGUAGGAUAAAAAGGUUUAGUUUUAAGUGAAGGGGAUCGUUGGAAGAGAUAAAGAAAACUUUUAGGAACUGCAUUCACAUUUGAGAAACUAACUUCUCGUUUACCUAUGAUCAAUUAGGUAAUAGAGAAAGUAUCAAAAGAUGAUAAAAAAAGAAAUCUAAAUGAAUUUACUUCAAGAAUUACUGGAGAAGUAGUGAUUCAUAGUUUCUUUGGUGAGUCGACAAAUGGAUUUUAAAUAGAAGGAAAAGAUGCUUAGAUAUCUAUAGUUGAAAUUCUAAGUGAAAUAUUCUUAUUGCCAAUGAAUAAUCCAUUUAUUCAAUUUAAACAAAUGUUAUUUGAGUAUAAAUCAUGGUCAAUAUUCCCAACAUAAAAGGAGAAGGAUCUACUAAGAAGAAUAUAUAACUUUAAAUAAGUAAUUUAGGAAAUGAUAGAGAAAAGAAUUGAAUAACUUAAAAAUUAAUAAUUAGAAAAUUAGGAUAAAAUGGUAUUCUUAGAUUUAUAUGUUACUGAAUAUUUAAAAUAAUAAUAAGAUAAAAAAUAAGAAAUUGAUAUUGAGGAAAUAAUCCAUUAAUUUAUAACAUUAUUUUUUGCAGGUACUGAUACAACUGCAACUACUUCAGGAACUUGUUUAUAUUAUUUAGCUGAAUAUCCAGAAAUGUAAAAUGAAAUAUUAAAAGAGGUUAUUGAAAUAGUAGGUGAAUAAGGAGAUAUAAAGGAAGAACAUUUGAAUAAGUUAGUGAAAAUAAAUGCAUUGAUUUAAGAAGUGUUAAGAUUAAGAAAUCCUGCAUUUUGUCCAAUAUUUAGAACUGUUAGAUAAGAUAAAUAAUUAUUAGAUGUAAAAAUGAAAAAAGGAUGGUUUACACUUUAAUAUCAUAUUGGUCCAGGAUUGCUUGAUAAACAUUUUGAAAAUGCUUAAUAAUUUGAUUAUAAGAGAUGGUUAAAUAAAGGAAAUGUAAUUAAAAAUGAUAAUGGAUUUAUACAUAUACCAUUUGCAGCUGGACCUAGAAAUUGUUUAGGAUAACAUAUGGCAAUUAUGGAAAUAAAGAUGAUUAUUGCUAGAUUAGUAAGAUAAUAUAAAAUUUAAUUGAAUCCUAAAGUCAAAUAAAUUACUUUUGGAAUGAAAUUCUUGUAUUGUGUAGAACCAGAUAAUUGUUUGAUAUUUGAAGAAAGAAACUCUGGAUGA